CGCGUUCCUGCUAGAAUAAGGGGAAACAAAUCCCCGCAGUUCCCGGAGUCACCCUGCCUGCUGUGCCGGUGCCCCGCCCGCUGGGUUUAUUUCGUGGCGCGCAGGGACGGGCGUCCCGCCGGGACACUGCCACCGGGGCAUGGGAGACGCCGUGCCGGGGGCGGGGCUCCGCCGGUUCGGUUGAUGGCGGCGGCGCGGCGAUGAUGCUGCCGCCGGGUCCAUCCUGCGCCGCAUAAGUACGGCGGUCGCUCCCUCCCUUUCCCGCCGGGUCCAUCCCUCGCCGCACAGCAUCCUAAAGUAUGGAGAACUUCAUUCUAUAUGAGGAGAUUGGAAGAGGAAAUAAGACAGUUGUUUAUAAAGGAAGAAGAAAGGGGACAAUUAAUUUUGUUGCCAUUCUUUGCACUGAUAAAUGCAAAAGAGCUGAAAUAACAAACUGGGUUCGUCUGACUCAUGAAAUCAGACACAAGAAUAUAGUGACAUUUCAUGAAUGGUAUGAAACAAGCAACCAUCUCUGGCUUGUAGUGGAACUAUGCACAGGUGGUUCUCUAGAAUCUGUCAUUGCUCAAGAUGAACAUCUACCUGAAGAUGUAGUGAGAGAAUUUGGUGUUGAAUUGAUUACUGGUUUAUACCAUAUUCACGGGCUUGGAAUUAUCUUUUGUGAAUUAACGCCUGGAAAGAUUCUGCUGGAAGGGUCUGGCACUUUGAAAUUCAGUAGUUUUUGCUUGGCUAAAGUGGAUGGUGAAAACUUGGAAGAAUUUUAUGCUUUAGUUGGAAAUGAAGAAGGUGAAGAUGUUAGUGAAAGUACUCCACAAGGAUACUUGAAAAACAGAUUUCGAGGCUCUCCGUUGUACACAGCUCCAGAAGCAAUAAAGGGAAAUGACUUCAGCAAAGCCAGUGAUCUGUGGUCCUUGGGAUGUUUGCUUUAUGAAAUGUUCUCAGGAAAACCACCAUUCUUCUCAGAAAGCUUUUCUGAAUUAAUUGAAAAGAUUUUAUGUGAAGAUCCAUUGCCACCUAGACCAGAGGGUUCUGCUUUUCACAAACCUUCUGCUGAGUUCAUCAGUUUGCUUGAUGGGUUGCUUCAAAAGGAUCCUCAGAAAAGGCUGAAUUGGACAGACCUAUUGCAGCAUCCGUUCUGGAAAGGAUCCCUUCGCCAUUGUGGUACUGAUUCUGCAGACAAUCAAGGCACAAGCUCAAGCAGCAAUGAGGACACAGAGUCAUCAGUGUCUUGGAGUACGAAAGAGUCUGUGGAUAGUCAUAAAAAUCUAGAUAACCUGUCAUCUUCAAGAGCAGAUCUUAAACUACCAAGCAGUUCUUUCAAAAUAGUAGAAACUCAGACCGAAUUGCGCCCCAAAAGUGCAGUUGAUGGUGAAUCAAAUGAAUCCAUAUUUCUUCUGAGUUCUCGUCCCACACCUAGAACUAGCACUGCAGUAGAAGUAAGUGAUGCUACUGCUGCCCCAAUCAAAAAUUUUUCACAAAGAGAUUCAUGCUUGAAGAAGGCUGAAAAUAUGUGCUCAAGUCAGCAGGAUAUGGAGUCAGCAUUGAGAGAGCUCAUUUACACUGAAUCUGAUCUUAUCAUAACGCCAAUCAUUGACAAUCCAAAGAUAAUAAAGCAAGUGUCAGUUAGAUUUGACUCAAAAACUUUACAUGUACCAGCACAUUCAGCUGAGAAGUUAUCAUCUAUGAAAGAUGUGGACUGGAAUAACUUCUUGAAAAGAGUAUGCUCACUGCUGGAUUCCACCGAGAAGAACACAGGAGCAGCACGUUCUAAACUGAACUUACUGUACUAUCUGUGUACUCUGGCUGUCCACAAGGAGAUUGCAAGCAGGCUAAUGAGCUCUCAGCUGUUUCCUAUAUUGAUGCAGCAGCUGCGUGCAGCCAGCAGCUGGGAUAUACGUGCUAAAGUUGCUCGAGUGAUUGGUUUACUGGCAUUACACACAUCUGAACUUGGAGAAAAUGUACCUGUUUCUGAGACAGUUAUACUUUUAACUGAACUCAUCAGAGACAACUUCAGAAACAGCAAAUUGAAGCAGUGCCUUCUACCGGCACUUGGGGAACUGCUUUACCUCGUAGCCAGGGAGGAGGAAAAAGGGGAGCACCCCAGAGAAUGCUGGGCUGUUCCCUCAGCUGCUUACACGGUGCUAAUGAGGUGUCUUCGGGAAGGGGAAGACCGGGUAGUGAACCAUUUGGCAGCAAAGAUAAUUGAAAAUGUUUGCACUACUCGUGCAUGCCAUGCACAAGGAUUUAUUACAGGAGAAAUUGGACCUGUCUUGUGGUACCUUUUCACACAUUCUGCAGUAGAUUCUUUGAAGAUAACUGCUGUUUCGGCUUUGUGCAGAAUUACUCGCUCCUCACCUAGUGCUUUCCAGAGUGUCAUUGAAAAAGUGGGAUUAACAGCCGUACUAAAUUCCUUGGCAAAUGGAAUAUGCAAAAUUCAGCAGUACAUGCUCACCAUGUUUUCAGCAAUGUUGUCAUGUGGGAUUCAUCUACAGAGAUUGAUUCAAGAAAAGGAUUUUGUGACUACAAUUACUCGAUUACUUGAAAGUCCUUCAACUUUUAUUCGAGCAAAAGCCUUUUUGGUCCUGCUACAAGUUUUGAUCAAUAACAGGGAGAUGUUGCUACUCAGUUGUCAAACAAGGCUUGUGAUUUAUAUUGAAAGAGACAGCAGGAAGGCCACAUCAGGAAAAGAGCAGCAAGGUGGCAGUGAAUAUCUGUCAAAAUGCCUGGAUCUUCUCAUCUAUCACAUUGUGCGGGAGCUGCCAGGAAUUCUAGGUGACAUUCUCACUGCCCUAACUAAUGUCUCAGGACGUAAACACCCAUCAACGGUUCAGGCCAAACAACUGAAGAUGUGCCUUCCUAUGAUGCCUGUAGUGCUUCACCUUGUGACAUCCCAGGUAUUUCGUCCCCAGAUAGUCACAAAGGAGUUUCUUUUCAACUAUGGCACCUUACUUGAGUUCAUCAGAUCGAUAGAAUCAGGAGAAAUAAACUUGGACAGAGCAAUAGGGCAAGCUGCAUCAGAAGAAUUUAUUAAGACUACUUUCUUGACCUUUGAAGCAGUAACAGAGCAUCCCAGCUUGUUGACAAUCCAUCACUUGACUGUUGAAGACCGUAUCCUCCCACCACUGGUUUCUUUGGUCCACAGUCAGAAUGUGGAAUGGAGACUCUUCAGCUUGCGGUUGCUCUCAGAAACCACAUCACUGCUUUUAAGCCACGAGGUCAUGGAUGAGGAGAAAGGGGAGAGCCUCGACUCAAACAGCAAACUUCUGUCUCUCAUUAGAGAUUUAUUGCUGCCUCAGUAUGAGCACAUUCUGAUGGCUCCGGACCCGGUACCACUGUAUGCUCUGAAACUGUUGGUGACCCUGACUGAGCACAGCCCUGCUUCUGUGAGCCUCGUGGAAGAAAUCCAUCUUUUUCCAGUUCUUUUCCAAGUCAUUUUGGGACAUCAAGACAGUAUACUUGGGAAUACAAUGCAAACUGUAAUCGCCUUACUGAAUAACAUCGUUGCUAACAAAAGUACAAAUAUGAUGUUACUCUUUAAAGAAGGACUGGCUCAUCACAUCUGUAAUCUCCUAACAGAAGCUGUGGUUCUGUACUUGGAGGCAGAUGAUAAAAGCAGCACCAAGACAGUAAAUGCACUGCUUCUGUCCUUACUUGACAUUUUGCAGUGCAUGCUUAUGUAUACAGCAAACAUUGUACGCCAGACUUUGCAGGCACAGAAAUCUGGCACAGGAGGGGACACACAGGCUGCCGAAGACCUUCUGCUUAUCAAUAAACCCCUGACGGACCUAAUUAGCCUGCUUAUUCAACUGCUUCCCAGUGAAGAUACUGAAAUAUUUGUGAGUGCUUCACAGUGCUUAUCAUUGCUGGUUCAGCUAUAUGGAGGGAACAGUCAGGAGAGCAUGUCUCCAGAAAACAUGGACAGCUUUGCUGAAGUACUGAAGUCCAAAAAAGAUACACGACAACUGAAGCUUUUGUUGAGAAUUGUAAAGAGACUGAUAACUUCAAACAAGAAGCACUUGGAGAGCCUGAAGAAUGAUGGCAAUGCUCUUAUCCAAACUCUAGAGAGCCUGGCCCAAACUGCCAGCUCUCAUGCUGAUGUUGCUGUCGCUUCCUUGGCAUUUGAAAUUCUGAGAACAGCGGGACAUGAAAAUAUCAAGACUACCAAGUGAACCGGUUUUGACUGGCCCACCAAAAUGUGCAGUUGUGCGCGCUGCUCAGCACCUCAGUCCUGCAGGAACAUCUUCAGAUGAGCUGAGCAGAUGUAAUUUAGCAAGCUGAGUUGCAGCAUAUGCAGGAAUUUGGAAGGCUUCAGGAAGGGAGGGAAGCUGGUUCUAGGGGGUGGUUUGUUUUUUAAACCCCUGUAAGGAUGAAUUCUUGGUUACUACUUUACCUUGUUGGCAUUACAUUACGUAGCUCAAGUAUCUGACAGUUUGAAAGUGUAAAUUAAAUAAAUAGUACAGUUAUUUCACAAUA